CAUGAUCCGUUGGGGUAAUAUGAUAUAUGAUAUAUGUUAGCCUUUGUCUUUCUCUGUCUCUGCUGUCUCAGUGUCACUUUUCAAAUCCAAAACCAAAGAAGCUCAGAGCUGAAGAAAAGCAAUGGCGUCUCCGUCGACUAGGUGGCUUUCAUUCCACGGUUCUCUCUACGCCAAGCCUCAUAUACUUUCUCCGUCGCUUCCACUAGCCUACUCUCCCCUACAAAACCCUAACAACAAGCUGAGUAGGGAGGCGAAGGCCAAGCGAUUGAUAUGCAGAGCGGAGUUUUCACAGGACGCGCCGCUCGCGUCGGCAAUAGGCGCGUGCAUCCUCAGUUCGUUUGUUUUUCCGGUGGCGAAGCGAGUGGAAGACGAGGAAGAGGAGAAGACAGCGAUAGUGUCAACAGAUAUGAGAAUAGCAGCCAUGGGAAUCAUCAGCUUCAUCCCUUACUUCAAUUGGCUGAGUUGGGUCUUCGCUUGGCUUGACACUGGGAAAACGCGUUACGCUGUCUAUGCUCUCGUUUAUCUCCUUCCCUAUCUCAGCUCAAAUCUGUCAAUUUCUCCGGAAGAAAGCUGGUUGCCCAUUACAAGCAUUGUCUUGGGCAUCAUUCAUGUUCAGCUUGAAGCAAGUAUCGCAAAUGGUGAUGUUCAAACUCUUGCAUUUUUCAAAGACACGUCUCAAAACUUUUCUUCAAAGAAAAAACUCCAUUUUGAUUCCAAGGAGAAAGACGGUGACGAUUAAAACCAACCUAAAGGAAGACGAACCCAAAGACACCAGGAGUGAAACACUGAGGGGGAAUAAAAGAAAAUUAAUGAUACGAUGAUUGAGUUAGUUUUGUAACAGGCCCUUCUUCUUCUUCUUCUUCUUCUUCUUUUUUAACCCAAAAGAAAGAAAGAAAAAUAAUAAAAAUUCAAUAAAAAGUGAUUUAGUUCCCAAAA